GUGGGCAGAAUGGGCAAAACCUUGACACCAAAUUACAUAAAAUGAGCAGUUCUGUCAGUGCACCGCAGACUGAAGUGUUAUUAUUAACAAAGACCUAAAACAGACUGAAAACAAUGGCAGUAAACUUAUGUACAGCAUUAGUUUGUGUGCUGACUCUACAUGCAUUGACUGGAGAGGCAUUAGCAUAUAUGGUAGAUUGUUGUUCCCGUUACAGCAAAACAGAGCUUCCCUGUGGCUUAAUUAAGGGCUAUGAAAUGCAGAGCUCCAUAGAUGCCUGUGAUAUUAAUGCAGUAAUAUUUCACACAAAAAGAGGAAGGAAAAUAUGCGCUAACCCCAAAGAUGGCUGGGUCUUGAAAAGGAUUCAGUGCGUAGGGGAAAAAGUGAAAAGAAUGUCUGCAAGCAAAAAAAAUCUGCCUAAGUGAAAGGACUAUAUGCCGAGCUGAUGUGCUUCCCAAUACUUUUUUUACUGAGUACAUGAGAAAAGCACUUAUUUCCAUAUGCUGAGUACUACAAAAGAAGACAACAUCCAUCUCUCCAUCCAUUACAUGAACCCUUCUGAAUACCUAAACUGUUAUGGGGUGACUGGAGUGUAACCAGACAACAUCAGGCACAAAACUGAAUUCAGCUCUGGACAGGAAACCAGUAAAAAUAAUUGUAUUUACUGUAAAUAAGGUUAAAUAAAUGUUAUUUAUUGAUUUCCUAAAGCAUAACUUACGUCUAAUAUAUUAUGGGCCUGUAAAACUUUACUGUUUUCUAAAAUGUACUCAUAUAUAUUACUUUUUUAAAUUUAUUUAUUUGAAAACUUGUUAUUGUUAUCGUCUGAAGUAAAGCAAAAGAAAUAUAAACAUAUUUUGAUAUUUUACUGAAGAGUAUCCGAUAUAGAUUCUAGAACAGUUGUUUGCCAGAGAAAAUAGCAGGUGAGAUUUUUUUUUAAGGAUAUGAAAUAAAGAUAGGUCAAAAUUACAUAAUUUACAGAGUUACUGACUGACUUUAUUCAGGUGCUUUUUGCCAAGACUGCAUCUUUGUCUGAGGUGAAAGGCAGAAGAACAAAAAGAUGAUAAGGGCAAAAGAAAACAAAAAAACACACACACACACAAGCAAGGCUGGAUGCAAAAGAUUAAGCAAUGGUUGGAUAAAACCUGGGAUAUAAAUGCUAUGGCAUUAAUUUAAAUUCAAAUUUAAAUACAUUUAAAUAUUAAUUAAAAGUGACAUCUGAAUUCUAUUACACUGGUGUUGUAAAGCCCCCAUCAAAAAAGCUCGUCUGUCCAAUGUCUUGUAUUUGCUAUACCAUGACAGAAUGGAAAAAGAAAAAAAGAAAGAACUGAUUACGACUGAACUUCCCAUAUGUGGAAGACAUUUGCACAGUCACGGUCAUUAGCUGCCAGAAUGCAGCAAACUUGGAAUAUUUUGGAAAAUUUAAACUGUGCUAAAAAGCAGUGAUCCAGUCAUAUAACUCAUCAUACCCUGUGAAUCCUAGGCAUAUAAUCCUCAAGAUGAUGAGAUCCAGUAACUACAACCUCUGAGGUAGGCAUGCUCUCCAGCUAGAAGUUGUGCAGUUAUGAUGCCAGUAUAAUGCUACUUAAUUCCUAGCUGUCUUGUUCUUUCUUUAAUCAAUGCCACUGUCAACGUCUUGACUGUUUGGGUUUUCAAGAAAUGGCUCAAAGACUAAGCACUUAGUGCCCUUUUUAAAGCACACCGUAUAUAUAAAACAAGAUAAAGUGAAUUCUGAAAUACAUACAGACUAUAAAUGUCAUGGUUAAAGUGGUGUUUCCCUCAAAUGGAAAAUAUUUAUUUCACAUAUCCAUUUUUGGAACAAGUCAGAAAUUAUGUCAGCUUUAUUUUGAAUGCUAAUUUUUAGGAAAUCUUAAUAUUGAUUAUUUAAAAGAACUGAUGAAUGGGUCUCUUUAGUAAGUUGCAUUAAUUGAAAAUGAAUACAUCAAGAUAAGCUUAUUGAAGACAAUGAGGUUUAUUCCUAAAUGUUAAAAAACUGGACAUUUAGAAAUAGUGGUGUGUGCUUUUAAAGUCCUCUUCAUAAACAUGUUUGUUUAAUGGUUAACUGCAUAUUGGCUAUUAAUUGACAUUUUAUAAUUUAUAAUAAACUAUCACUUCUGCUUUCA